ACCGGAUGCCUUCUAGGAGGGUUCUCAUUGGUUCAUUCAUUCAAAGUGCCGAGUUUCACAUUUCAGCAACAAAAGUACAAGGUUAACAGUAAAAAUGGAAAAAGUAAUUUGUACUGAACACGGUUGCGUGUGCAUGUUGAAAACCGGUGUAAAAGAAGGGCCGACCAAGGGCAAAAGCUUCUACGUCUGCGUUAACAAACAGGGAUGUGACUUUAGUCAAAUUGCCAGCAUUCCACCGUCCCACUGCCUGCAUCAUGAGGACUCAAUGGUAGAACUACAGGCUCUUACCUACAGUUCACAGCAGCAGUGUUACAGAUUAUUCUACCGGUGCAUUGUGGGUAAAAAAGCAGGACAGAGAUGGUGUGGAAAUGUGCCAUGGACUGGAGUAGACAAAAAGCAAAAAAUACCAGCUGACACUAAGGCUCAGCCAUCCAGCCUCUCACCUGUCAGAAACCCCUUUAAGGCCUCAGAAAAAGUGGACAAGUCAAAGGUGAAGCAGUCUAGUGAAGGAGAUGUAACAGACAGUCAGAAAAGUCACAAGAAUGAAGCAAGAAAAAGUGAUCGGAAGGAGCUGGAGGAGAGUACAGGAGGCGAAGCAGAAGAAGACAAAGAGAAUGGUAAAAAGCUGAAUUUAGCAGACACUUACAGGGGCAAACCACUUCCUGCAGGUAUGAAAAUGAAAAAGAGGUUGUCAGAUGAGGAGAGAGACGCUUCUAAAGCCAACAAUGUGGCUAAAACUGCAGAGGAGGUAAAAAGUAAGCUGGGGGAAACUCAACCUGAUAAAGAAAGUAAGACACCACAUGUGACUUACAAGGACUCACACCAACAACCAGCUCCCACUAAAAGCUGUGCGGUGGAUCAAAAACAGACCGUCGAAAAAGAACUCUCUUCUAAAGAUACAAGGGGCAGCACUGAGAGUUAUUGUGGCUCCGCUAAAGCCACAUCUGAUCAACAAGGCCACUGCGAUGACAAGAAUUCCGAGGAUGAUGAUGAUGUUGUCUUGGUGUCAGUAAAACCUGCUGCUCAGACAACAUCCCCUGCUUCUGCUGUGCAAAAAACCAUCACGACUUUCCCAGGAUUUCAGACUGCAUCUAAGGUCAAAGGUCAACAGCCAGAUCCUAGAGGCCUGAGGAAUCUGCUCACUGCUCAGCUGGAGCAGAAGAAGACCACUCUGUCUGUGGUGAACACGGCUGCUCUGCCAGAUAAAGGUCAGAGGCUGAAAACACAGGUCAGGGAGCUGGAGGAGGCGCUGGAGUCCCUGAGUCUCAGUGCUGCUUCACAGACGGGGUCUCAGGAUGAAGCAGACAGCAGUGCCCCUCAUCCAGCUAACGGUCACGCGAUCAACCCGUUCAGUCGACAAGGCGGCACCAUCCUGCUGCCUGCUGCGCCCACUGCUGGCCCCUCCCACAACCAAGCGUCCAGCAGCUCUAUGGGACUUCAGCUAAGUCAGGGUUUGACCCAGACGUAUGGAGUAAACCCACAGGUUCAGGCCUUCUAUGGUGGCAGAAUGACUAACGACCGUCUGCUGGCGGUGAAAAAUGCCACCAGCGAGGCCAUCGACCACUUGCACAACUCUUUAGAGUCCUGUCCCGAUGCUGAGGCCGAAUCUCCAGACCCCAGGGGCAUUAAGGUGACACUCCUGGCCCAUCAGAGGAGAGCUCUGGCCUGGCUGCUCUGGAGAGAAGCUCAGAAACCCUGUGGAGGAAUUCUAGCUGAUGACAUGGGUCUGGGAAAAACCCUGACCAUGAUUUCCCUCAUACUACACCAGAAGAAAAAGGCAAAAGUGGAAGAUGAAAAGAAGGAGGAGAAAAAGCUGGAUAAGUGGCUCUCCAAAACUGACCCCAGUGUGGUUGCAUCCAAAGGAACUCUCAUCAUCUGUCCUGCCUCUCUGGUCCACCACUGGAAGAAGGAAAUCGAGCGACACGUGAAGAGCGGCAGACUGACGGUGUAUCUGUAUCAUGGUCCAAACAGAGAACGCAGCGCUAGAGCACUGGCUGAUUAUGACGUAGUGGUGACCACGUACGGUUUGGUCUCCAAAGAGAUCCCAGUCCCAAAGGAGGAGACACAAAAACCCUCUGAAUGUUCUGAUGAAGCGCCAAAAACCUCCUCCUCUUCUCCUCUAAUGCGAGUGACCUGGGCUCGUGUGAUUCUGGACGAAGCCCACAACAUCAAAAACCCUAAAGUGCAGACGUCACAGGCGGUGUGUCAACUGAGGGCGUGUGCUCGGUGGGCAGUCACCGGUACGCCCAUCCAGAACAACCUGCUGGACAUGUACUCGCUGCUGAAGUUCCUGCGCUGUUCUCCGUUUGACGAGUUCAAGCUGUGGAAAGCUCAGGUGGACAACGGAUCAAAAAGAGGCAGAGAGAGACUGAACAUCCUGACCAGGACUCUGCUGCUGAGAAGAACCAAAGACCAAAAGGAUUCAACUGGAAACCCUCUGGUGGUUCUUCCCGAUCGCACCUGUGAAGUGCAUCGACUCAAACUGUCCAAAGACGAAAAGGCAGUGUACGAUGUCGUCUUCGCCCAGUCAAAAUCCACUCUGCAGAACUACCUAAAGAGACAUGAAGGAAACGAUGUCAGCAAAGGAAGCAAGUCUUCAAAUCCUUUUGAUAAAGUAGCCCAGGAGUUUGGUUUGUCUCAACCUGAUUCUGCCGUGUCCAGCUCCCAGCAGGCAUCGAGCACCGUCCACAUCCUGUCCCUGCUGCUGCGCUUGAGACAGUGCUGCUGCCAUCUGUCCCUCCUGAAGAAGACUCUCGAUUCUUCAGAGCUCCAGGCUGAUGGCGUCGUCCUGUCUCUGGAGGAACAGCUCAACGCCCUGUCUCUGUCCUCAGGCUCCUCGUCCUCAGACCCUGAUCCUAAAGACUCUGUGGCCCUGAACGGCACCCGCUUCUCCGCCCAGCUGUUUGAAGAGGGCAGGGAGAGCACCAAGAUUUCCUCUAUGGUCUCUGAGCUGAAGGCCAUCAGACAGAAGAGCGACGAUCAAAAAAGCGUGAUUGUGUCUCAGUGGACCAGCAUGUUGCAAAUCGUUGCCCUUCACCUGGAGCAGAUGGGCUUGAGAUACGGCGUCAUCGACGGCAGUGUCAACCCCAAACGUCGCAUGGACCUGGUGGAAGAAUUCAACACCAACCCGAAGGGACCAGAGGUAAUGCUGGUGUCUCUCUGUGCUGGAGGAGUUGGACUCAACCUGAUUGGUGGAAAUCACCUCUUUCUCAUCGACAUGCACUGGAAUCCAGCCUUAGAGGAUCAGGCUUGUGACCGAAUUUACAGAGUCGGACAAAGGAAAGAUGUCACUAUCCACAGGUUUGUGUGUGAAGACACAGUGGAGGAGAAGAUUUCCACACUGCAGGAGAAGAAAAAGGAGUUGGCCCAAAAUGUUCUGUCAGGAACAGGAAGCACCUUCACCAAGCUGUCGUUGGCUGACCUCAGAAUCAUUUUUGGCGUCUAAGAUAUGAGAAAAUACUAAGAAAGCUGUGACAGCUGUGAGUCUAACAUAUUAAGCUCGUCUCGUCAAAAUGCUAUAAUGAGCAUUGAAACAUCUUCAUUUGUUAGAUCAGUGUGUCACAAACAUUUUAUUUUCAGCUUUUAUCCAUCUGUUUAAAUUUAGGGCUGUUUUUUCUUUCUUUUAAAGUUCUUCCUAUGUAAUAUAAUGUCUAUGUGUAUGUUGGUUAUGUUUUGUGUGGACACAAGAGAUCCUUCUGUCAAAAUUGUUUACAUUUCAGUCCCCCCAUUGCGUAAGUUGUAGUAUUUUUCCUUUGUCAAUUUUUCAAAAAUAAAAGAAACAUUCCGUAAA